AUGGGCGAUAAAGAGUUUUACGUUACAUCAUGCACGUACUUGCCCCCUCGGGUGAAUUCAGACACACCAUGGUGCACCACAAAUGGCAUGCUUCCAACUAAUGCUUUUCCAAUGUUGGAGAUGCAGAUAUGUAUUAUCUUUCUUGCAACCUUUCUCUUGCACAACAUUCUGGGCCGUCUAAGAUUCCCCAGAUUCACUUCCAUGAGCAUUGUUGGCCUGAUACUUGCAACCAGCUUCACUGAAGAAUGGGCUCGGAAGAGUAGAGAGUUGUUCUUUUUUGACUCUCAGGCAAGUCUGGGGAUGCUUUCAGUUUUUGGCUACAUGCUUUUCCUGUUCUACACAGGGGUGAAAACAGACGUGAGUGUGAUUCCCAGGACCAAAAGUAGUUCAGCCACCAUAGGGUGUGUUACUAUACUGGCUCCAUUUAUAUGCAGCAUGACUGUUGUAAAUUUAUACUCCACAAAAUACCUGAACAGUGAUCAGGUAGCAAAAGUUAGACUUAUCACUGGUGUGUUCUCGGUGACUCCUUUCCCUAACAUUUGCACAGUAUUAAGUGAUCUCAAGAUUCUGAAUUCGGAGCUAGGUAGAUUAAGCCAGUCCGCAGCUUUGGUUACUGAGCUCUUCAAUGUGGUCUUCACAUCAAUCCUUAGUAUCUCCAAAAUUUUGUCCAGUGAUCCAGAAAAAGCCUGGUUUUGCCUCAUAGUUUUCAUUUUGUUUCUGCUAAUUGUUAUGUUCGUUUAUCGCCCAGCCAUGUUUUGGAUCAUAAAACAGACCCCAGAGGGUUCUCCUGUUAGUGAUCACUAUGUGUAUUUCAUACUCAUAAUGGCUUUUAUGGCUUCCUAUAUCACACAUCGCAUUGGAUUUUUGGCUCUCUUUGGUCCUUUUGCAUUGGGCAUGGCUACCCCAGAAGGGCCUCCAUUAGGCACUGCAGUUAUCAAAAAGAUUGACACUUUUGUUAACUGGAUGUUCAUGCCUCUCUUUGUGACCACAUGUGUGAUGAGGGUGGACCUCAGAGACUUCAUGAAAUGGAGAGACGAAGUGAGUGGAGAAAUUGACCAGUUCAUGUUGCAAGCCCUGAUUAUCAUUGCAGUAACUAGCACUGUCAAAUUUGUUGUAUGCGUGCUGCUUCCUUUGUACCACAGCGUGCCCUUCAGUGACUCAGUUUCUCUCUCUUUGGUCUUGAAUUGCAAGGGCGUAGUUGAAUUGGCUGGAUUCUCUAUAAUCAGAGAUCUCAUGGGCAUGCCAGACAACGUGUUGGCAUUGGUGAUAGUGAGCAUAAUUCUGAGUGCUACAGUGGGGCCAUUUCUUCUGGCAUAUCUCUACGACCCCAUGAAGAAAUAUGCAGGAAACUACACCAAGCGAAACAUCUUUGACCUCAAAAACAACUCCGAGCUUCGAGUUCUGACAUGCAUCCACAGACCCGACAACAUUCCUCCGACCAUCAACCUUCUCGAAGCCACCUUCCCCACCAAAGACAACCCUCUCUGUGUCUACGCCCUCCAGCUCAUAGAACUCAUCGGAAGAGCAGCUCCUGUCUUCAUCUCUCACCAACUCCAAUCAAAGAAAAAACACGACUCAAACGCUUCCAUGGCAGACAAACUCAUCGAUGCGUUCCAAAACUUCGAGCACGAGUUCAAGGAUGCACUGGUGGUGAACACCUUCACAUCAAUCUCACCAACUGAGUUGAUGUACGAUGACAUCUGCACUUUGGCGUUGAACAAGUUCACCUCCCUCAUUGUUCUUCCCUUUCAUAAAAAGUGGUCUUCUGAUGGCAACAGCAUUGAGAUAGAAGAUGAGUCUCUGAGAGAGUUGAACUUCCGUGUCAUGCGGAGAGCUCCAUGUUCUGUUGGGAUAUUGAUUGAGAGAAUGCAAAUGACGCAUAUUUUCUCCCCAGAGACGCCUUACACUGUUUGCAUGCUUUUCAUUGGAGGGAAAGAUGAUAGAGAAGCACUUUACUUUGCUAAGAGGAUGACUAAGAAUCCGCAUGUCAGACUCACUGUGGUCAGGUUUUUGGCUAGGAAUAAUUAUUCGGAGGUAACGGAUUUGCAGGAACUACUUGACACUGAGAUUCUGAAUGAUAUCAGGAUUAACGGGAAGGUGGGUGAGACUAAUAUGAAUUACAUAGAGAAGAUUGUGCAGGAUGGACCUGAGACGGCUUUGGUGAUUCGGAAGUUGGUGAAGGAGUAUGAUUUGAUCAUUGUUGGAAGACAAGCUGGGAUUGAAACUCCUCAAACAUCUGGGUUGUUGCAGUGGAGUGAGUAUCCAGAACUUGGGGUUCUUGGAGAUUUGUUGGCUUCAACUGAUGCUGCUGGCAAGGCUACUGUGUUUGUGAUGCAGCAACAAAGAAGAGAAAGUGAUGCUUAA